AUGAUCGGAGCAGCUAUAUUUUCGGCAAUAGAACAUGAGCAGGAGAAAAAAGAUAAACUUGAAUACGAAUUGAAAAAGACGGAGUUUCUAGAUCGAGUGAAUGCAACUAUGAAUAGUAGUGAAUUUUCCACAUUUCAAGAAGAGUUCGAAGAAUUCCUCGAGUAUCACCUGAAAACUGCCGUUAAAGGACUAUUAGCAGAUAAAAAGAGAGAUCGCUGGGAUUUCUCUGGAUCAUUUUAUUUUGUGUGUACAGUAGUUUCCACAAUAGGUUUCGGUAUGACGUCACCUUCUACAGAUGCUGGGAAAUGCGUGCUUAUAGUGUACGGACUACUUGGUAGUGGUGCAACUAUUCUAUAUUUUAACAUAUUUUUAGAGCGUCUUAUCACAUUCCUCGCCUUUGUGAUGAGAUCGUGGCAUUUGAGGCAGCUAAAAAAGAAACAGCCUGUAAACGGACAGCCAGCGUCCAAAAACGACAGGAGGGGAUCGCAAGGAUCUGAGGACAAUUUGGAUAACUGGAAACCGUCGGUGUACUAUGUCAUGGUGAUUCUUACAAUAUCAGCUAUAGUCAUAGCCUGCUGUGCGUCAGCAAUGUAUUCUGCUGUAGAAAAAUGGAGAUACUUGGAUGCAAUUUACUUCUGUUUUGUUGCCUUUAGUACAAUUGGUUUCGGGGACUACGUGCCGAGUCAACACCCCGACUAUCCAAUGCAGACUCUGUACAGAAUUGGCAAUUUUCUGUCACUGCUACUCGGCGUACUUUGCAUUUACUCUAUGUACAACGUGCUUACAAUUAUUAUCAAGCAAUUUCUCAAUUGGUGCAUUAAAAAGCUGGACUGUCGUUGCUGUGUGAAGAGGAAACCUCGGCCGAGGAGAAAUGCAAUAACGCCGGGACACUUACAGAGACAGGCGAGGGCAGGAAAUACGAAAGGUCGAGACAAAAACGUGGAAGUGACUGACAUGGACUCGACCUACGACAGCGACACGGACGGAAGGAGAAUGUCAGGGGAGAUGAUUUCAAUGAAGGAUUUCUUAGCUGCGAAUAAAGUCUCGUUAGCUGUCAUGCAGAAACAGUUGUACGAAACGUCACAAAAUAGAAAUAGGGACCAUCAGCACAGUCGAAGUAAUGGCGCAUUAUCACAGGGAGUGGGGGCCUUAGCUAUGCUAAAUAAUAAAUUGCAAGAAACUGAGAAGAAAGAAUGA